AUGUACAUUCCUAAGAAAUACGCCGAGACAGACUGGGAGAAGCAAGCAGAUCUUAUAGUCAAUUAUCCUUUGGGUACAGUUGUGACUUCUGGUGAUCAAGGGCUCAUCGCAAACCAUAUUCCCUUUUAUCUCUACACUGAUCUGGAAACUGGAAAGUCGUACCUCAGAGCACAUGUGGCCAAAGUGAACCACCAGGUCCCCAGCUUGAAAGAAAAUGAUAAUGUGAUGGUAAUUUUUCAAUCUGCAGACUCCUAUAUUUCACCCAGCCAUUAUCCCGGAAAACAAGAAACCCAUAAAUAUGUCCCAACGUGGGACUUUGCGGCUGUUCAUGUAUACGGAAAGUCCAGGAUCAUUGAUGACGGCAAGUGGGUUCGUAGCCAGCUAGACAGCUUCACUGCUCAAAAUGAGACCAAACGAGCAGUUCCAUGGAAGGUGAGCGAUGCUCCAGAAAGCUAUACUUCUGUCCUCAUCAAAGCGAUUACUGGCUUGGAGAUCGAGAUUGACAGAACAGAGUGCAAGUUCAAAUUUGAGCAGGAGAAGUCUCGGAAGGAUAUUGACGGAGUAAUUGAAGGACUUGAGAAAGAGAACCCUGUCGUCUCAGAAAUGGUCAGAGAAGCUAAUAAGGUCAAGAGCUAG